AUGGCAGAGAAUAUCCGCAAAACAAAGCCUCUUGCCAACAUCGUGAAGGGCGGAGUUUUCCCUCCCCUCCCUGGAAAUCUGAAGUCAGAUGACGAGGUCGUCAUUGAGAAUGCUAGUUUACAGCACAAUUUCCAAUGCGGUAUAUCUCCUAAGAACAAUGACGAGACUUCCCGCAAACAUCCAAAUCCGUUUCGCCCUGAUGGACCCGUUCAGCCUUCCCAUUACAUUGAGAGUGGCCUUUCGCGCGAAGAUUCCACAGUCUAUAUGGAUGCUGUUUCGAAGUAA